GGGAGGGGAUGAAUCCGAUACGCUUUCUUUUCUUUCUGUUUUCUGCAACACUUUAUGAUACCGUGCUUUCUGUUCGUACACUCUCAUCGUCGGACCCAUGCCACCUCACAAAUCAGCGGGACCUGCGAACACUUCGAUGGCACCAGAUCACGGUUCUCAUCAACGGAUACUCAGAGUAUCGCAUCCCUCUUCUUCAGUCAAUAGCCGCCACGUACUCCGCGUCCCCACUGGUGUCCUCUGUGCUAGUCCUCUGGGGAAACCCCUCCACCCCAACCCAAACACUCUCCCAAUUGGCCCACAAUCUCUCAUUCUCCUCCUUGGGCACUGCAUCAAUCUCCCUGCACCGCCAACCAUCCGCUAGCCUCAACACCCGGUUCCUCCCCAGAUCAUCAAUCGGGACCCAUGCCGUCUUAAUUUGCGACGAUGACGUGGAGAUGGAUCCUAAAUCAUUCGAAUUUGCCUUCAGAGUAUGGCAAUCGAACAGUGAGCGUUUGAUAGGGGUGUUCGUGAGGUCACAUGAUAUUGAUUUGAUCAGAAAAGAGUGGAUUUAUACGGUGCAUCCAGAUAAGUACUCCAUGAUUUUAACUAAAUUCAUGAUUUUGAAGAGCAGUUAUUUGUUUAAGUACAGUUGUGGAGGUGGGAAGGAGAUGAGUGAGAUGCGAAAUAUAGUUGACGAAAUGCGUAACUGCGAGGACAUACUGAUGAAUUUCGUGGUAGCUGAUGUAACGAACGCGGGACCCGUAAUGGUGGGGGCAGAGAGAGUAAGAGAUUGGGGGGAUGCAAGAAAUGAUGGAGAUGGAGAUAAAGAUAAAGAUGGAGGGCGGAAAUUGAGGAGUAGAAUAAGUGCAGUCGGAUUGAGUAGUAGGGGAAUGGAACACAGAAAGAGGAGAGGGAAGUGUAUAAGGGAGUUUCAUAGAGUGUUGGGGAGAAUGCCUCUCAAGUAUAGUUAUGGGAAAGUUGUUAAUUCAGUUGGUGAACAAGGUUUGUGUAAGAAAGGAGGCAAGUUGGUGUUUUGUGAUCAAGUAUAGCAAGGAAUAGGAUUCACAACUACUGUAUUAUAAAGCUUCAAAAACUCUCAACUAUCAAUGUUUUCCAUUUUUCUGCAAAAGAUAGCAACAUCAAAGUUGGAUAUAUUGGGCUGUAAUAACUAGUUUUAGAGGCAACGCUAAAGAACAGGCAUGAUUCAGAUAGUAUUUGAAUAUAAAAUGAAAAUUGAUGA